CGCAGCAGUCGCUCUGACUAAUCGACAAGGAAUGCAAGGCCAAGCUUCCCGCUCCGAGUUGCUCACCUAGAGUCAUCCACAAUACACGCCACCAUUACUCGAACAAACGAUUUCGAUUCGAGGAGCAAGACGAAGAGCAGGCCCUUGGAUAAUUCACGGCACCAAACUUUUACAGGUUGCCUGAGGAAGUUUCUUUCCUUUUCACUCAUCUGUUUGACCUUUUCAUUUCUUAAUCAACUCAGCCCCAUCGCCGCUUGACGAGUGGAGUCGGUUCUUCUACACCUACCACCUUCGACUACACUUUCAUUUCGGAACCACAUCGUCUCAUCUACGAACGAUCGCAUCUGCAGCCAUGGGUGUCCCAAAGUUCUUCCGAUGGAUCUCUGAACGCUAUCCGACAAUCUCGCAGCUCAUUGCGGAGAAUAGGAUCCCCGAAUUCGACAACCUCUAUCUUGACAUGAACGGCAUCAUCCAUAAUUGCACACACAAGGAUGGCGACAGCGCAACGUUCCGCAUGACGGAGGAUCAGAUGUUCAUCCAGAUCUUCAACUACAUCGAGCACCUGUUCGGUCAGAUCAAGCCGCAGAAACUCUUCUUCAUGGCCAUCGAUGGAGUCGCUCCUCGCGCGAAGAUGAACCAACAACGAGCUCGACGGUUUAGAACUGCGCUAGAUGCAGAGAAGGCUCACAUGGAGGCGGUUCGGAAAGGGGUAGAGAUGCCCAAAGAAGACGCCUUUGACAGCAAUUGCAUCACUCCGGGAACGGAGUUCAUGGCGCGGUUGACCGAGCAACUCAAGUAUUUCGUUAGCAAGAAGGUGUCGGAAGACGGCGACUGGCAAGGCGUCGAGAUCAUUUUGUCUGGCCACGAGGUACCCGGAGAAGGAGAGCACAAGAUCAUGGAGUACAUCCGUUUAGCGAAAGCGCAGCCCGACUACGACUCGAACGUUCGGCAUUGUCUCUACGGCUUAGACGCCGAUCUAAUCAUGUUGGGGCUGUUAUCGCACGACCCACAUUUCUGUUUACUGCGAGAAGAGGUUACGUUUGGACGUGCAACCCGGGGGAAGGCGAAGGAGCUAGAGCAUCAGAAUUUCUUUCUGAUGCAUCUCAGCGUGGUACGGGAGUACUUAGAGCACGAAUUCCAGGAGUUACGGCAGCCAGGAGUUAUGAGCUUUCCUUACGAUUUGGAGAGGAUUAUUGACGAUUUCAUUUUGCUCGCUUUCUUUGUCGGCAACGAUUUUUUACCCAAUUUGCCGAAUCUGCACAUCAACGAAGGCGCAUUGGCGUUGCAGUUUGAGACCUACAAGAAGAUUCUGCCCCGGGCGGGUGGAUAUUUGAACGAACACGGUGUAAUAAACCUCGGUCGGCUGCGGUUGCUACUUGACGAGCUUGGUCAAUUCGAGCAGAAGGACUUCGAGAGGGAGAGCGAGGAUGGCAAUUGGCUCAAAAGCAAGCAGCCUGGCGCCUUGGCGGCCAUUGAGAAGGCGAAGAAGAAGGGCAAGCUUGUCCUGUCAACACAACAGAUGGCAUUGUUCAAGCAGAUCAAGAAGUGGUUGCUCAAUGUCCAGAAAACGAAGAAUACCGCCGAACCCACUGCGCUGGAUCUACCAGCCACACUUGCUGCCAAGGAUAGGAAGUUUGUGGAGGACGUCGCUCGUGAUCUGAACCUCCAGUACGAAAGGAUUUUGGGCGACGACGGGGAGCUUAGUCAGCGAAUCAGUAUGCUCCCGACGAUCGGCGGUGAUGAGAGCGAGGAUGACGAGGAAGGACAACUGGCAGUGCAAAGAGUGUUCCGCCAGUACGAGAGAGCCCAAGUCAUAGACGUUUCUCCUGAGGAAGCGCAGGAGGAAAUGCAAAAGAAAUACGAUCAGAAAUUCUAUGAAUGGAGGAACGAUUACUACAAGAGCAAGUUCGGGUUCGGCUUGGACAACGAGGUGGAAAUGAAGAAGUUGACGGAGAACUACGUCGAGGGUCUUCAAUGGGUUCUCUACUACUACUAUAGAGGAGUGGUUUCGUGGCCAUGGUUCUACAAGUACCACUAUUCCCCGAGGAUUUCCGAUAUCUCAAAAGGGCUAGGGGCAAACCUCAACUUCAGGUUGGGACAGCCUUUCAGGCCCUUCGAGCAGUUGAUGGGUGUCCUCCCGGAUCGCAGUAAGAAGAUCGUGCCAUCGGCCUAUCAUGAACUCAUGACCUCGUCGAGUUCGCCGAUCAUCGACUUCUACCCAAGAGAUUUCGAGCUCGACAUGAACGGAAAGAAGAUGGAAUGGGAGGCUGUAGUAAAAAUCCCGUUCAUCGAAGAAGACCGUCUGUUGCAGGCUAUGAGAACGAAGGAAGCAAAUUUGACUACCGCUCAGCGACUUCGCAACGAGUUUGGAGUCACGUUGAAGUUCACCUAUGACCCGCAGCUGGAUUAUUUAUACGAAAGCAGCAUGCAGGGUGUGUUUCCGGAUAUUCCGCAUUGCCGCUGCAAUCUCAACAUCUACGAGCUUCCUACCCUUGAAGGUCUGGAUAUCAUUGUUGGACUUUGUGAGGGAGCUAAGCUCGGGGCGGAUGCGUUGGCUGGGUUCCCUAGUUUAAGCACUUUGGAUCACAUAGCUCAAUUGGGUUUCCAUGGCGUCGCUGUUUUCCAGCAAGACAGCCGGAACGAGAGCAUGAUAUUGACAUUAGCGAAUGCCUUCGAAGGCGGAAAGGUUCAGGCGGCGCAGCAGAUGAUUGGGAAGAGAGCAUUUGUUGGCUAUCCUUUCUUGCAAGAGGCGAAAAUCAAUUCGGUGUCGGACGAGAUGUUCAGGUACAUGCUUUCGGACCAAGGUCAGGACGAGGGACAAAUUAUUCCCGUUCCACACGGUCCGGCUGAGCUCGCCAACUGGAGGCGGAAAUCCGAGAGAAUCGAAAACCACUACUCCAAGCGAAUGGGAAUCGUUACCGGGCCAGUCGAAGUUCUAUUCCACGUUGAGAUGUUGAAGGGUAUGCGCAAGACGGACGAGGGUGCAGUAGUCAAGGAAUACGGUCCCAUUCCCGGUGUGGAGACGGAUUACGCUGCGCAGACGAUUGUAUGGAAUGUGGUCAGUGAGGAUCAGCGGUUCCUAGAGAAGGCGCCUCUUCCCAUCGAAGAAGAGUUCCCGGAGGGUGCCAGAGCGUUCUUCCUCGGGGAGUUCAACUACGGAAGGCCUUUGGAGGUCAUCAGGCACAACGACAAUCGCACCGACAUCUGGAUAUCUACAAUGCAAGCAAAAGAGCCGGAUUUUGCCAAGCAGUUUAUUCAACGGGCUGAGCAGUCUACUCCCUACGUGGCCUCUUACCGUUUGGCUCGCCAACUCGGCCUGAAUCCGUUGGUGCUGAGUAAAAUCACAUCCAGCUUCCAGGUCCUCGUUGGCGACCAACGCGUGAACCUGGGUCUCAACCUGAAAUUUGAGGCCAAGAAGCUGAAAGUGCUUGGCUACUCCCGCAAGAAUCAGGGCGGAUGGGAGUUUUCGAACAAAGCCGUUGCCCUCAUUGAGGAUUAUAUGAAGAGUUUUCCACAAUUCUUCACAGCGCUCAUGAGGAACCCGCACGGUGACCUCUACAAAGACACCGAUUUCUACGAUCCCAGCGAAAGCAAGCAGAAGAUCAACGAGAUCAAGGACUGGUUAAAGACCUUUGACAGCAAGGGCUUCGAGAAGGUACCUCUGGAGGCCAUGCAGCUCGAUGGAGAUGUCGUCAUGCAAAUCGAGAAAGCUAUGGAUGCAUUCGACAGUGGUUCUCGGGUCCCUAAGAGGGUCAAGAACGUUCCUCGCAAAGCACUCCUCAAGCCGGUGGAUGCCGAACAUCGACUGGCGCAUCAGCGUUUCGACCUGGGCGACAGGGUCGUCUACGUGCAAGACUCGGGCAAAGUUCCAAUUGCCUCGCGCGGAACAGUCAUUGGCCUCACUCGAACGUCCAGGAUCACUCUCAUCGAUGUCGUCUGGGAUUUCACCUUCAUGAGCGGAACUACCCUAGGCAAUAGGUGCUCUCCAUUCAGGGGCAUGACGGUCCCGGUUUCCUCGGUGCUUAACCUUACAUCUCGCCAACUGAUAGCUGGCACGAAAGCGAGCAACCAGUAUAAGCCUGUGCCGCCGCCAGCUCCGUUGACGAGCAGUUACGCCGACGCAACAAUGGGACCCCCCUCUGGCUCACCCUCGCCGCAGCCAGCCAACGGCUUCCGUGGAGGUCGUGGAGGUGGGCGUGGACGCGGCGGCUACGAUCAGCAGCAGCAGCCCGGAAGAGGUGGUUUCGUCCCGCGAGGCCCGACGGUGCUCAGUCGCCGUGGCGGACCCCCCGGCGCACCGACCAUUCUCCCACGCGGCGGAGCCCAGGGUGGGGCCAAUACGUCUAAUACUGGCCAGUACCAAGCUGUACCACCACCGGCCAUCUUUCAUCGUGGAAGGGGAGGAUCGAGAGGCGGACGCGGCGGAAGAGGUGGAAGAGGCGGUGGACCCGGAAGGUUCUCCACCACUGGCGAUCGCCAGUAA